UUGCCCUGAACUAUGGUAUCUUCAGACGCAAGAACUUUAAUGCAACGACACAGUACUACAUGUUCUACGACAUGGGCUCCACCAGUACCACAGCAACCAUUGUUGGCUACAAUGUUGUGAAGACCAAAGAGGGAACUCGUUCAGAAUCCAAUCCCCAGCUGACAAUUAAAGGUGUCGGAUUUGACCGCACCCUUGGCGGUCUGGAGUUCACUUUGAGGCUUCGGGCACAUUUGGCUAAAGUCUUUGAUGAACAAAAGAAGACCACCCUGAAGGUUGUGGAGAAUGAUCGAGCCCUGGCCAAACUCCUGAAGGAAGCUGAGAGGGUCAAGAAGGUCCUCAGUGCUAACCUUGACCACACGGCACAGGUGGAGAACUUGAUUGAUGAGAAGGACAUGCGCAUUCCUGUCACUAGGGCUGAGCUGGAACAUAUGACCCAUGACCUCACGGAGCGGGUCAUUAAACCAAUCGAGGAUGCACUUAGAGUGUCUGAGAUCACUCUGCCAGAGAUCUCUGAGAUCAUCCUCAUGGGUGGAGGAACCAGGAUGCCCAAAGUCCAGGAGAUACUGAUGGAGUAUUUGGGCAGAACUGAAUUGGGAAAGGGUCUCAAUACAGACGAGGCUGCUGCAAUGGGUGCUGUCUAUCAAGCUGCUUAUCUUGGUAAAGGUUUCAAAGUCAAGAGGUUUAUUGUCAAGGAGGGGAACAUCUACCCUAUCAGUGUGGAGUUUGAGAAACAGAAGACGGAUGAGGAUGCUGAUGAUAAAAACAGGAUCAUUAGACGUACAUUGUUUGGGCGUAUGAAUCCGUUCCCCCAGAAGAAAGUUAUGACUUUCAACAAACACACAAAAGAUUUCUCCUUUGAUGUGGUCUACAGUGGCCUUGACUUUCUCAAUGAGGAGGAUAGAAAGUCGUUUGGUAGCUCACUGAUCAGCAGGUACCAUCUGGUUGGAGUAGAGGAUGCCCUGGCAAAGAACAAAGACAAAGCAGAAGCUCGAGGCAUCAAGGCUCACUUCCAGAUGGAUGGCAGUGGACUGCUGAGCUUGGACAGAGUGGAGUCUGUAUUUGAGAAGAAUGACACAGCAGAUGCAGGUGAAAAGUCUACCUGGUCUAAGCUGGGAAGUGCCAUAGGUGGACUCUUUGGAAGUGGGGCUGAUGAAGAACAUAAAGUAGAAGAAUCUCCAGAGACACCCGAAGGUGAUGAUGGUGCAGGUGCUGGGGACAGUGAGGAAGACACCACGGCAAAAGCUGAAGGCAGGGACCCCGAAAAUGCUGAUACUGACACUGGCAGCGAUGAUAAGAAGGAUGAGACCUCUGAUGACAGCAGCGAUAAAAAGAAGGAGGAUGGGGAUGAGAAGGCUGGAGAAGGAGAACAGAAGGAAGAAGAGGCUGAUAAAACUGACAGCGAGAAAAAAGCUGAGCAGGAGAAGAAAGAGUCUCAGAAAGAUGACAAGGCUGACAACACCUCAGAACAAGGUGACACCAAAUCAGACAAGAAGGAGACAGAGGCCAAAGAGAAAGUUCCCAAAGUGGUCAGCAUCAAGGAGAUUAUCAAGGCAGUACCAGAGUUCUUGGAUGUGAAAGAUUUGUCUGAGGAGAGGUUCAAAGCCAGCAAAAAGAAACUGGCUGAGCUCAGAAAACUUGACCAGGCCAAAGCAGAAUUGUCACAGGCCAGGAACGAUUUGGAAUCAUUCAUCUUUGACCUUCAGGACAAGUUGAGCAGUGGACCAUAUGAGAAGUGCUCCACCGAGGAAGGACGGGAGAAGCUGUUUACUCUGAUAAGUGUAACAUCAGAAUGGUUUGAGAAUGCAGAUGAUGCCAAGAAAUCGGAUUUGAAGGACAAAUUAAAGGCACUCAAGGACGCUUCUCUGGAAAUCACUAAACGAGUGUUUGAGUUGGAGGAAAGGCCCAAGGCCCUGGAUGCCUUGAAAGACGCCCUGAACCAGACUAAGUUCUUUCUGGCCACUGUGAAAAACUUCUCAAGCGUGGAAGACCCAAUAUACACCCAAGUCGAGAUUGAAACAAUGGAGAAACUGAUCAAUGAUACUGUGGAAUGGAGAGACACCACAGUGAAAGCCCAGAAGCUGCUGAAGCCUCAUGAGAACCCAGUGCUGCUGGUUGAAGAUGUAGGCCAGAAGAUCCUUGCACUGGAAAGGGAGCAGAGAUAUCUUAUCAACAAGUUAAAGAAUUUCAAGCCAAAAGCCAAGCCAAAGGAAGACAAAAAGAAAGAAGACAGUACUGGCAAGUCGGAGGACAACAACAAAACAUCCAAGACUUCACAGGAGCAAGAGGAUGAUGAUGGUACAGUUGAAGUUGAAGAGAAUGGUGACGACUCUGGUAAAGCAGCGAAGGAAGCAGAAACAAAACCAGUGAAGAAAGAGAAGGAAAAGAAUAAAAAGUCAGAAAAGAAAGAGGAGAAAGAUACGAAGGCAGAUAAAAAGUCUAAGGACAAAACUACCUCAGACAAGAAAAAGCCCAAGUCAAAGAGGAAGACUGAGGGAUCUCCGAAAGAGGAAGAGGAGAUUUUAGAAUUAGAUGGAUCGGACACAGAGGACAAACAUGUUGAAUUAUAA